ACCGGCCACCCGACACACACACUCACUCACACGGCUAUAAAAAUACUUCUCUCUGUAGGGUUUUUGUUCUUGAGUUUGCAGCAGAUAUCACAGCAGUCUUUCCUUUUUUCUAGGCUCGAACCUUGUGGCGCAAGAAACGCACUAUCCAAUAUGGAACUCAAAGCAUACAAAAGGCUGUUGAAGAAAUUUGAUGCCAUUGACGAAAGCUAUCGGCGAUUUAUCAUGUCCCUUAUAUCAAAGCAAGAACAAUUCGCACGAAAAAACGACGCGCGAAAUCCAAGAAAGCGUUUAUUGUCUACUCCAAUGAAUGAAAAACGAGCCCUGCAGCCGCGCAAAAUGAAGCUCAAACAAAAAAUCGAUGCAAACACAAAUAAGGCACGGGAAAAUGUACCUGUGCCACAACAAAAAAGGAAAGGGAAAGAGAUUUUGAUUGAAAACGAUACUAAUUACGUGCUUUUCUUGAGGUUCUUGAAGAAUCAAAAAGAUUCUCGUGCUGCAGCUGAAAACAAGAAAGAAUGUUCUUUUGACUUGGUUAGUCAAAACAGAGAAGUUCAUAACAUUAAUGAGAAUAUUCAUGUCGAUUCAGAUUCAGAUUCGGAUUCAGAUGUGGUGAUUUUAGACACUGAUUGUCUCAACGGGAAAACUCCUUUCGUGCCUUCGCGUAGAUUUCAGAGAGACGUUGAGGAUUUCGCUUCCCGAGGGAAUGCAUUGGCAAGCGAGUUUAGGAAAGAAGUUAUGGAGGUUUUGAAUAAACCAUUCGACAAAGACGAGUAUGUGAGACUCAAAGCCGAGCUCGAUGCUCAAGGAUAUGCCUUUUAUUAUCCAGAUACAACCAAAAGAAGCGCUUGGCUAUUUUACGUGGAUUUUUCUAUUGGCUUCAGGUUGAAUUUGACGCGAGAUGGAGCCUUCAAACCAUGGAAAGAUCUUGUUUGUCUGUCAAUCGAGCCUCAAUAUCCGAAAAACAACCCUGGUCGUGAAUCGGGUUCAUGAGGGCUCGAUAGUGUUAUUAACUUCUUGGACUGGACUUUUUUGUAAAUUAUAGAGUAACGAGUUACCUUGUUGUUCUUUGAGUGUUUGAGAAGAAGCUAUGUUGUUUGUACAUUUUAACUUUGGCGUAGUUUGUUGAAAAUCAUCGCCUAUUUCGUGAUAUACUGAUAUGGCGUGUAUUUUUUAUUUUUAUGCAUAAUUUUGAGUAUAUUAAAUUAAUAUGUCACAGAGGAGCCACCU